AUGCAAACACCCAGUGAUGGGUCGAGCGCCGACCAAUUGCCGACGUCGGAGCAAGUAUGCAAUUCAUGCAGGAUACGAAAGAAGAAAUGCGAUAGAACACUUCCACAAUGUUCGGGAUGUUUGAGGAGGGAUCUAACAUGCGAAUACUCCACGCCAGAGCAGACCCGUAAUUCUGUAUCUACAUCUACCUUAACCUCUACGCAACCAUGGCAUAAUAUUGAGAUACCAGUAAAUCAUGACCAUUUUUAUGCUCAAUCGAUCAAUUUCUCGGCAAUGCUGUUUCUAGAUCCAUAUAUCCUACAGCAAGGACAAAUUGACAUACCCCAGUCUGGUAGUUCUAUCCCAGCACAUAUUCUCCAUCUACUAGGAGACAUCACUUCUAUCCACCUGUGCGUUACGGAGUUCUUCUCCCACGAUCAGACAUGGGUGGCUUUCUUUUCCAAGCCCCGUUUCUACAGCUAUCAUCUGCCUUCUCAGAUCUGCAUUCCUAACCGCCCAGAAACUAUUCUCCUUCUCCUCUCCAUAAAACUGAUUACCACAUUACCUCCCACAAAUCCACGAAAUCCUCAAACUUCACUAUAUCAAACCAUAAAACAUUACUGUCUUGAAGUAGAAACCUCAAAUGUUCCUUCUCUUCCCAUUCUCCAGGCGGAAAUCCUGAUCGCCGUGUAUGAGAUGGGUCAUGGUAUUUAUCCUGCUACGUAUCUUUCUAUUGGAGCAUGUGCGCGGUAUGCAUAUGCUCUGGGGAUAAAUUGUAAUAAGAGGCUAAAUGUAAAGAGGGUUCUUACAAUGAUGGAGGUGGAGGAGAGAAGAAGAGUUUGGUGGGCCAUUGUAAUUCUAGAUCGUUUCAUUAGCAUAGGAUCGCCAGGGAGACCCUUUGCAACCUCAGAACCAAACCUAGACGAUACAUUACCAUGCGACGACGAAGCAUGGAAUCAAGGUAUCAUCAAUUCUUCAAGUUACUCUACCGUAUCCUCGCCAACCACAGGCCACAUGAGAAAAUUCGCUCUGCUAUGUCAAGCCGCCAGAUUAUUAGGUCAAGUGCUCAAUCAUGUUUCUGGUGCUUCAUCUCACGACGAUGAGCUAUGGAUGCAACUAGAUCGGACGGUAACCUCUAUGCUUGAGGCAUCCGUGAAUGUGGAAAAUCCGGAUUGCGAUCGCAUUGCGUUUAUUUAUAGCACCCUUCUAGCCCUCCACACAUCAUCUCUCUCCCCACACCCAUCCAAUCCUCCAUCCCCUCUACGUCAGCACCGCACAGAACGUAAAGCCCAACUCCUCCAACGCAUAACCCAACAAAUCAUCGCAAACAUGUCUACUCCCCAUUCUAUCCUAGGACGCGAUCCCAAGAACAUGUCUCUAUGGGCGUUAUUUUUCGGUUAUCAUAUGUGCGUUGAGCAAAUAAGAUCUAAAGAUCCAUCUUCCCGCGAUAUUGUGGUUCUCGUGAGGAAGGGAUUUGAGGAGGCGGAUGUGAGAUGGAAUGUUGCUGGUGUUUAUCUUCGGCUACUCGAGGCGCAUGAGGUGAUGGAUGGAUAUUGA